AUGAUUUCCUCCCCUGAUGAGAAUUCGGAUGAUAGGCUGCAAAGUGAGAUGCAGGAUGGAGGGAUUGAUUAUAAAAAUGAAAAAAACAAAACGAGCGAAAUGAACGAAGCGAACGAAGCGAACAAAACGAACGAAGCGAACGAAACGAACGAAGCGAACGAAACGAACGAAGCGAACAAAACGAACGAAGCGAACAAAACGAACGAAGCGAACAAAACGAACGAAGCGAACGAAACGAACAAAGCAAAUGAAACAAACGAAGCGAAUGAAGCACGUGAAGAGGACAGUAAAGCUGGGGAAUGCCAAAAUGGAGACAUAAAAUCAAGUAAUAGUAACGAAGAUAAUGAAAAAGAAAGGAAAAAAAAGAUAAAAAAUGGGAAGAAGUUUAAGGCAAAGAAAAAAAAAAUCGAAAACAAUGAAUCAGGGAAGUGUUCAGAUGUAAACACAAGUGAUGAGUGCACUGAUAUUAACAGUAUCAAUUUUGAAGGUGUAGUGAACUUCCUUAAAAAUAUAAGCACAAACGUAAGUAUCAUUAUAAAUAGAAGAUAUAAUUGUAGUAGUAACAAUAAAGGUAAUUCUAAUCCUAAUCAUGGCAAAAGCCGCAGCCGUAGUGGUAGUCCUACUAACAAUAACAGCAGUAAUGGUAAAAACAGCGUGUGGAAAGUAAAAAAUUUAAAAAAAGAAUUUAAGCGGACACUUAAAUUCGUGAAAGAAAGAGAGGAAAAAAAUAAGCAAUACGAAGAGAACAUAAGAAAACUAAAGGAAGAGAUAGAAAAAAAUAUGGUAAAGAAUAAGCAAAUUAUUAAAAGCUAUGAAGAAGAAAAAAAAAAUGUGCUACUACUACAAGGUCAGUUGGAUAAACUACAAGUCUUAUUUGAUAGUAAUCAGAAAAAAGAGGAUAGAUGGAGUUGUGAAAAGGAGAAUUAUUUAGAGAAUAUCGAAACAUUAAAAAGUAGUAUUGAAGAAUUGGAGGUAAAGAUAGAAAAGAAAAAUAAAGAAAUUGAAUCUUUAAAAAGAGAAAAUGAACACAUAUUAUUAAAAGUAGACAAUUUAGAAAAAAAUAGUAAAGAAUUAAAAAACGAAAAUCUUGAAAUAAAUGAUAGUUUAAAAUGUGCUAAAAAAGAAAAUAUAAAAAAAAAUACUACAAUAGAUACGUUAAAAAAAGAAAUAGAAGAACACAAAAAAUUAGAUGAAGAGUAUAAUAAAGAUAAAUUAUUAAUUGAAAAGAACACAGAAAUUUUAAUUGAGGAAAGGAAUUAUAUGAAUGAAGAGUUAAUUAAAACACAAAAGUUGUUAGACAAUCAAAUAAACAAAAAUAAAGACUUGCAAAAUAGUAAUACAAACUUACUAGAUAAAAUGGAUUUAUUAGAAAAGAAACAAAAAGAAAUAAUAAAAAAAAACAAUGAUUAUGAACAAAAGGUAGAAGACUUAAACAAAAAAAAUAAAUUACUUAUGAACGAAAUUAAAAUGAAAGAAAAUGAAAUUGUGAACAACACAACGGUUAUAAACAGUCUUACUAAUAACAAUACAAAAAUCAAAAUGAAAUUAGAUCAAGAAUAUUAUAAAAUAAAAAUGUUAGAGAAAGAGAAGAAAUCACUAGAUAUUAAUGUAAAAUCUCUCACAUAUGAAAUUCAGAAUAUCAUAAAAUUAACUGAAGAAACUAAGCAGAAAUAUCAAAACCAGAGAAGAGAAAUUAAUGAUUUGAUAAUAGAAAAGGAACAAACAAAAAAAUUAAUUGAAAAAAUUGAUGAAGUCAUUAAAAAGAAUACAGAAAUAGCAAAGAAAGAGAAAAUUUGUAACAUAAAUUUAGAAAAAGAUAUUAAAAAAGGUAUAGAAGAAAAAAAUAAAUUAAAUGAAGAAAUACAUGCACUUGUUAAGGAAAAAGAUAAAUUGUUGCAUGACCUCUCUCAUACAAAUAGUAAAGUGGUUAGUAGCACUAAUGAGCUAGUAACGAAAGACAGUAAAAUCAGUACUUAUGUAAAAAUAGUUAACUCUCUAAAAAACGAUUUAGCAAAGGAGAAAUCGUUAUAUGAAAAUAUAAAAAGCGAAAAAAUAAAUACUAGUAAAAUUCUGAUGGAAACAAAAGAAAAAUUAAACAGCUUAGAAGAGAAAUUCAAGUUUCAAACUAACGAGCUGGAUAUCAUAAAAAAUGAAAAAAAGAAUUUAGAAUCUAUGUUAAAUGAUAUGAUAGAGGACAAAAAAAAUAUAAUUAGUCAAUCUGAAAAAUUAAAAGAACAAAUAGAAAGAUACAAACAUCAAAAUGAAAAUUGUAAGACUCAAAUAGUACAUGAUAAAAAAACAGUAGAUAAUUUAGAAGUAGAAAUAAAUGAAUUAAAUAGUAAGUUAAAAUUUUCGGACAAAAAUCUUAAUCAAACAAAAAAAGAAAAAGACUUAUUAAAUAACGAAAUAAAUGAAAAAACAGACCAAAUAACAACCUUAAGGGAGAAACUAAAACUACUUCAAAUAUCUCAUGAUAAACUAGAUGUAACAAAUAAAACACAACUGCAAGAAAUUAAAAAUUUAAAUAAGACUAUCUCUAACUUAAAAAAUUCUAAUGCGUUAAGUAAUGUAUCGAAAGAGGUUUUGAAUAACAACAAAAUGGAAAUUAACUCGUUGAAAAAAGAAUUAAUUAAUGAGCAAGCAAAGGUUAAAACAUUGUCAGAAGAAUUAGAAAAACCUAUAAAUAUUCACAGAUGGAGAAACUUAGAAGGAAAUGAUCCAACUGCUUUCGACUUAAUACAAAAACUUAAAAAUGUGCAGAAAAAAUUAAUAGAAAAAACAGAAGAAUCAAUGAAAAAAAAUGCUAUCAUUGAGUUAAAAACUAAAGAAUGUGAAGAAUUACAAAAGGAGCUAAGCAGUAGGUCAAAGAAUACCAAUGUCCAAGAUAUAACCCAAAUAAAACAGAAACUACGUGAGAAGGAAACUCUUAUCAAAUCCCUCACAGCAGAGAUUUCUAUGUAUCAAGGGGAAAAGGAGAACAAAAUAAAAAGGUGA